CCCCAACGCGUCCACUGCCACCCACAACCAAUAUCAUUAGAACGCGCCACAGACGGGUAAAGCGAACCAAGAAGCCGCCACGAUGGUGAGCUCCGGGAGAAAGACUGAUAAGGUGUUCUGGAAGGGCCAGGAAUUUCGUCCACAGCUUGGGGCGUCGGACCAACCUAGUGUGAGGGCAAUCCUACACAAUAGGCUGAUGGGCCAGGCGCUCGAUAUCAGGAUCAGUGAAAGUGAGCUCCUCAGUAUUGUUCAGAUCUACCCCCGGUUAUAUCAACUCGGCCAGCGGUCGCGAGCCCGUCUCUCGGCCUGGAUGCUCCAUAAUAGGGACACCGUCCAGGGCUGGAACUUGGGUGAUUUUCUUAACACUCCGGACGCCGACGUAUGCCACCAUACGGUACCUAGGAAGCCUGGUUGUCCCGAGGAAGUGAUGGCAGCGUGGAGAAGGAGUCUCCCUAAAGGACGUCAACCGGGCGAGCUGAUUGAGGUUGAGAUCCAAGAGGUGCCAGCGAAUGGCAGUGGCAAUCACGACGCCAAUCCCGAACUAGGCCCAUUGACUACCCGGGUAAUUCAGCGUCGUACUCUGCCACAGACUAAACGUUUACGGGGAAAGAAUUGCCAGAGCCCCAUCCAAAGACUCGAGGGGUCUUUGCGUAUAAUCAAGGCGGUGGCCUCCCGGCUAGACUUUCUAUCCCACGGCUUGGAUGACAACAACUCGAUGAAGGAAGAGCUGUUGGCUUUGGCACGGACACUUGAUCAUAAUGUGGACAAGAAAAGGCGAGCGGAGACGGCCCGGGCCCUUUUGCAGAAGUUAAACAAGGCCGCCGUCCCGGAUACCCAUGGAAAGAAGCGCGGGCACGACCAGAUCGAGGGCGCGGAGGGGGACGAGGACCGAGUCCAAAAGCGCGUCCGAACAUGGCUCUUGGGGACUGUCGGUCACCUCGAAGCUGAGGAGGAUGGCACCAGCGAGGACGGAACGUCUAAUUCCAGCUCCGACGACGGUACCGUCAGCCAAGGGUCUCGGAACUCCGAGGACGACGACCGCGUCGAAGGCUGCAUUUUCGUGGCCCCCAAUCCGUAUCUCGCACCUUGUUCCCAAGAGGAAAGUGGUUCAGAAGAUUGAGAAAGCAUCUUUGAUCCGUUCGACGAACUUGUAGAGAUAAGAACAGCAAUAGAAUCGAAAGCGUGGCAGUCUGGUUGUAGGCACUAUAGAAUCAAU